AUGUCCCACUACCCCGUCUACAUAAUCAGAACCCAUUUGGCAAUCCCAGACCCCGACCUUCCUUCUCCACGUUAUCACACCGCAAUCUUCGUUGAAACAGACCUAGUGACUGGCUCUGGAACCAUCCAUGAAGUGACCGGGGAUAUCACCUCACCAGAAGGGAUGCACUACGAAACUAAACUCUUUGCUCGACCAGAGUCCGAUGAAAACUUUUUUUCUCGCACACUGCUUGGUAUGACGGAUGCAGCAAACUAUCCCGACUCGUGGGACAAGGUUCUACGAGAGCUUCCAGCUCCCCCACAACAAAAGGCGUUCAAUAUCAAACGAUUGAAGACUGAGCCGUUCAAGAGGCUAUCGCCGUUAGAGUUUUAUGAGGAUGGCGACGAAAGACGGCCGUUGGUGAAGUGCACUGAAUGGGUGGCUGACAAGGCUAUUCCGGCGCUGAGGAAGGCCGGUCUUUUGCAGUCAUCGAUCUCAGUAUAA